AACACCUUAGGAGAACAAAAAGAACCCCCUGUUCCAUAUCUUAGCACCCCCCACGACGGGACCGGGCCGGGGUACCUGGCGUUAGUUAGACUGGGAAUCUCAUAAAGUCAGCGUAGCGUCCUCUCCCCUUGUCAAGGUAAAUAUGCCAAUCACUUCCCUCACUUUAUAAUCCACAUUUUUUCAAUGGUUUGUAUCUUAGCGACGAUGACAUCAUGUGAUAUUUUUUUUACAGGAUGUGGGUGAGCGCCUUACCCGACUUUCUUCUAGAAAGAGAAAAAAGUCGGGUAGCCAAAUACAGACCAUUGGGUCAACGGGAUGAAGAGAAGGCAAGCGCUCAUUAUUUCAACCGUGUUUAAUAACUUUUGUGUUUGGGAAAAUGUCAUGAUGAGUAUUAUUGUCCUUUGAAAUCCUGUUGCAAGUACCAAAAGCAAGACUAGAGUUUGUGCACAAAAAAAAACAUUUUACUAUAAACAUUCUUCCCUAUAGGUUGAACAGUUCUUCAGACAUCCCCCCAAAAGCGUUUCCAAAACAGACUUGUCAACUCUGAUGGACGAGGGAUUGCUGUCUGACUAUAUCAUUGAUGUUUACCUGAAGGUGAUCAAGAUGUCGUGCAGUUCAGAGGCUAACAUUGACUACUUCGACUGUUCCGUAUAUGAGAGACUCGGAAGGGGAGACUUUGGCACGUUCAAAAGCCACCAGAAAUCUCAAAAGGACAUACAUGACAGUGACCUACUUUUCCUGCCUGUCCAUGAGGCAAGCCACUGGGGGCUUCUGGUAUUCUACCCGAAGAGGAAGACAGUUAUUCUUCUCGAUUCAUUCCAGACUCCCAGCUCCGGCAUUGACAAGCACGUAGCGUUUGAAAGAGCAAGACGCUUGUUGACCUCCUACUCGCCAAAUGCAGAACUGAGCUGGGAGUCGUGGGAAUUCUAUAUGCCCCCUGCUGAUGAAAUACCUCAGCAGACAAAUGGCAGUGACUGCGGUGUGUUUGCUUGCCAGUAUGCAUCACACCUUGCGUGCAAUUUACCGUUGCACUUUUCACAGGUGGCAAUACCUAACAUCCGCAUGUGGAUGGUGCUGGAGAUAUGCACUGCAUCACUAAGGGAGGAUCGUGUGAAAGUAACUGCAAAGAAGGCAAUAUCAUCAAAGACCACCAGGGAGACUACAACACCAUCAUCAGUUGCUAAACACAGCCGGCAGUUUUUCUACAGCAACGAGGACACAGAUGAAGGAGAUCCAGACAAAGAUGGAGAGGAAGAGAUUGGAGAGGAAGCUGAGACUCAAGGUCAGAACGUGUACGACUUCGAAGGAGAGGCAACAAGACCAAAGGCCCACAGGAAGACUGCAUCUUAUCCGGUUGAUGAACACAGAUGGGGCUUUUUCGUGAGCAGCCAGGACACUGAUGAAGAGGAAGAUGGAGAUGAAGAGACUGAAGAGGAAUAUCUGAAUGAAGGUGUACACACAGAGACGAGAAGUAGACGGGAGAAGCUGUUGAGCAAAAGCUCCAUUGCAGACAUGCUACACAAGUGCAUGAAGACAGCCGUACCCUGUUGUCGGAACAGAUGCGUCACCAAGUUUGACCCUGAUAAAAUCCUCACCUGCCGACACGACAUGUUGGAUCGUGGAUCAGGACGGGGUCAGUACAUCCUAGACAUGAUGAAGGCAGCUGACAGGCGCGGUGACGGCCAAGCCAAGAUCACCUCCUUCCCAUGCCAAGGCCAUGCUGUGUGCGGGAAGGCCUGGUACCUGCUCCAUGGUAUCAGCAGAAGCAGUUUCUAUGAAUAUCUACAAGAUUACUUGAAAGGGAAAAGAACAGUGCGUCACGGGAACACUGGCAUCUUGCGCCGUAGCCCUUCGUACUGUCUUGCAUCUGUAUGGCUUGGCGAGUUUGCGGAGCGCUACGGCGACAAGAUGCCAGACAAGAUCGCAAUCAACUUGCCAUCAACGAUGACAAAGAUUGAAGUAUACCAGAGGUACAGAAAAAGUCGGGGUGUUGACAUGCUGAAGCCCAUCGCCAUGUCAACAUUCAAUGGGAUGUGGAUUGAUGAAUAUCCUGACCUAAAAAUCCCCGAGACAAGCCGCCUAGGAAUUUGCGACGUCUGCAAGGAUCUGCGGACAGCGCGAGGUGAAGCAACAACAGCUGAGCAGAGGGAGGCUAUCGAUAAUGACUUGCAGCUCCAUAAUGACCUACAGAUGAUGGAGAGACGGGUGUACUGGGGGAAGGUACACAGGUCCCUCGAUGAUCCCUCGGCCUAUCUCUCCAUAAUCAUCGACGGUAUGGACCAGAACAAAACGGCCAUCCCACAUUUUGUCCAAAAAACGAAGGAGUCAGAGAAGUGGAAGCUGAAGACGCACGUAACAGGUGUCCUAGUCCAUGGCCUGGGCCAGGCAUUUGCCUACAUCGAUAACUUGCGCUGGCCACACGACAGCAACUUGACGUGUAACGUCUUGCUGGCCACCCUAAGGAUGGUGUCUAGGAUGUACGACAACAAGCUGCCAGCAACACUAUUUCUCCAGAUGGACAACUGCUGGAGGGAGUGCAAGAACAAGUUUGUCUUUGCUUUCCUAGGCUACCUGGUGAUCAGGGGAAUAUUCAAAGAGGUGCAGGUGGGCUAUCUCCUUGUCGGACACACACACGAAGACGUAGAUCAAUUCUUCAGUAAGAUAGCGCACACGCUGAACAAAAAGCGGGACGCUACAACAGUUGAGGAACUGAUGCACGCCAUUGGCCAAAGCUUUCCCAAUGUCAAGGCCUGGGAAAUGGACGCCCUCCUGGACAUCAAGGCCUUCCUGGGUGAUGUCAGCAAUGACAUGGAGCAGCACAGUUGCCCCCAUCUCUACCGGUUCACCGCAGAUCAUGAGAAGAAGCUCAUCACUGAGUACAAGAACUAUGCAUCUGAUGAUGGGUGGCGGCUGCCAAGAAACAACGAAGUCCGUCUGGUAGAGCAACUUCCUCCAGCUGGCUCCAAACCAGACCUGCUCGCUCCGAGGAUGGAACGGCUGGAGAUUAACCAGUUUGAAGCUGGAGUCACAGCGAUGUGGCAAAAUGGGAAGUUGACAACGAUGCAGAAGAUGGCGCUGGAUGCCUACACGGCGAAACAGACUGGGUCUGCGGAAUACAUGGAGUUGAACAAGAAGAGAAUCGUUGAUACCCUGUGGCCAGAGGCACUUAUGCAGGCUUGGGCACAGGACAGGCCAACGCCACCCCCACAGCUGACACAGCAGGACAGAAACCGGAUUGACAACCUGUACAGAAGCUACAAUAAAAGCAAGAAGACCAGUGAGCCGAAGCUUAAGAGGAAGAAGAAGAAAACAGGAUGAGUUACUGGAUCUUGCACUAACUUCAACCAUGUCCCCCCAUCUUCUUCUAAGCUUGACUGACAGUAACUGCAGUCUCUUCAGCCUUUCUUCAUACGGUAGUUCCCUAAGUCCUGCUUUGUUACCCAUGCUGUACUUUUUCAAGGUGUAAUACUACUACUAGUUCAAGAUAUUGUGUCGAAACGACAUUGAACUACAAGAAGUGCAUUUGCGUAUGUUGUGUUUUCUUUUUUUUCUAUUGCAAUCUCAGCUUUCAUUGUAAAUAUACAUUAGUCAACAUUAGUUGUGAAUAGUACUAUUGUUGUAACUAGUACAAGUGCUAUUUGUUACUUAGUAGUUCAAGAUAUUAUGUCGAAGCGAUAUCGAACUUACUACAAGAAGUGUGUUUGUGUACGCUGUAUUUUCUUUUUUUUCUAUUGCAAUCUCAGCUUUCAUUGUAAAUAUACAUUAGUCAACUUUAACAUUGUGAAUAGUACUAGUGUUGUAACUAGUACUAGUGUUAUUUUUGACUUAGUAGUUCAAGAUAUUGUGUCGAAGCGAUAU